AUGAACCCUGCGCGGGCGGUUCGGCAGGAUGAAGAGAAGCUACAGUCGGUGCCAAUACAGGAGCAACGGUCGCCAAUCACAAACAGAUUGAAUCAUUUCACAUGGGCGUGGUUCGCGGCAACCAUGGCCACAGGAUCGUUGGCGAAUGUCAUCUACCAGACACCAUACAAAUUCCAGGGGUUGGUCACAGUCGGCAAGGUCAUCUUCAUCAUUGACCUGAUCAUGUUCGUCUCCUUUACGGCGUUGAUGGCGAGGAGAUUUAUCGUGGCACAGGGUUCGCUUCGGCAUUCCUUCGUCCAUCCUGGGGAAGCAUUCUUCGUUGGCACAUUCUGGGUUUCGGUCUGCCUUAUCAUUCAGGGUGCAAACUCAUACGGUCAUUAUGCCGGUUGCGGAGAGUGGCUGGACACGGCGAUCAAGAUUUGCUUCUGGGUUUACUGCGGUUUGACCCUGGUCUUUGCGAUUUUGCAGUAUGACCUUCUGUUCGUCACGCAAAGGAUCGGUAUCCAAGAGAUGUCACCGGCAUGGAUCUUACCCAUGUAUCCUCUCAUAGUUGCAGGACCACUGGCGGGGGUGAUUCUACAGAACCAACCGCCCAGGGCCGGGAUUCCCAUGUUUGUCGCUGGGGUUACGUUUCAAGGCCUCGGGUGGAUGGUCAGCGUCUUUCUCUAUACAAUUUGGGUCAUUCGUCUGUUCUCUGCCGAUCUUCCAGUGCCAUCUCAACGGCCUGGCAUGUAUGUCGCAGUUGGGCCGACAGCAUAUACUGCAACAGGCCUGGUCAUGCUGUCAGAACGUGCGACAUCCGUCCUCCCUGUUGACUUUCUGGGUGUCAAGACCAUCUCUGCACCCGAGGUUCUUCGCGUUACUGGCAGCAUUGCGGGAGUCUUUCUCUGGUUGCUUGCUUUCUGGUACUGCGCCAUCACCACUGUCUCUGUCAUCAACGGGAUCAAGACCAUGUCUUUCACGCUUACUUGGUGGGGGUUUGUUUUCCCCAACGCAGGCCUUGCGCUUGCCACGACUGCAGUUGGGACAGCGUUAGAUAGUCCUGGUAUCAAAUGGGUCAGCAGUGCUAUGACGGCGCUAUUGUUCGCGCUGUGGCUUAUGGUGGUAUGGGCGCUUGUUCGAGCGAUCUGGAAGGGCCAGAUUCUGUGUGACGGCAAGGAUGAAGAUGCCUGA